GAAGAUAAGGAGAGAAGUGCAGGCACCCAAGGCUGCUGGCCGUUCCUGCUGAAACCCACUGCCCACAUUCAGGCUCCCUCCUCUGAGGUGUGAGAUACAAGCAAGGCACCACGCAGGCAGGCAGGAUGGAAUUACGAGCAUUUUGUGUCAUUCUCUUGAUCACGUUCCUCGCCGUGAGCUCCCAAGCAGCAAAGAACAAAAAAGAGAAGGGGAAGAAGGGGGCGUCUGACUGCACAGAAUGGACCUGGGGGCGCUGUAUCCCCAAUAGCAAAGACUGCGGAGCAGGAACUCGGGAGGGAACAUGCAAAGAGGAGACCCGCAAGCUGAAGUGCAAGAUUCCCUGCAACUGGAAGAAAGCCUUUGGGGCUGACUGCAAGUACAAAUUUGAGAACUGGGGAGAGUGUAAUGCCACCACUGGCCAGAAGGUGCGCUCUGGAACCCUAAAGAAGGCUUUGUAUAAUGCCGACUGCCAGCAAACCGUGGAAGCCACUAAGCCCUGCUCCCUCAAAACCAAGUCCAAAUCCAAAGGCAAGAAAGGCAAAGGGAAGGAGUAGAAGAGCAGAGAAGCAUUAGCCGGACCAUUUUCUGCAGCCUGCACUCCUGUCUCACCCCCGGCCCCUGUUUGUCAUGGAAUUCCCUUCUUUACAAUCUGUCUCCAAAAUGCACUCUCUCUGCCCCCCUACAACCCACCCCCACCCCCCUGAGACUGACGUUUUUUAAUCACUAAUUUUUUUAGGGAAAAAAAAAAGAAAAAGGAAUCUAAGAGAAAAAAAAAGCAGCCACUCCGACUCCCCAGGCGCCACUCUAUAAACCACUAUGCUCCCCCCUUCUCCCCAUGCGUUUGUGGCUUGUUAUAUUUCUGUAUUUUUUAGGAGGAUUCCUUUUGAAUUUGCUUUUUUUUUUAAUAAAUGUACAGUUUGAAUUUGUA